AUGCCGAGAGUCACCUCCAGGAUGAACAAUAGCUUAACCAAGAUGGUGACAGAUACAGAGAUUAAAAGAGCGGUCAAAGCAAUUAAGAGUGAUAGUGCACCUAGGGUUGAUGGCAUGACUGGUCAGUUUUUUCAGAAAUACUGGAACAUAACGGGAGCGCAGGUGACAGUGGAGGUGAAGAAGUUCUUUGAGUCAGGAGUUAUGCCGUCAGAUUGGAAUCAUACGCAGCUCUGUUUGAUACCCAAGGUACCUAAUGCGACUCACAUGCAGGAUCUGCGACCAAUAAGCUUAUGUUCUGUGGCUUAUAAGAUCAUUUCAAAGGUGUUGAGUAAUAGACUUAAGGUGAUUUUGCCGCGCAUUGUCUCACCCACCCAGGGAGCAUUUGUAGCUGGUCGCCUAAUUUCAGAUAAUCUCCUCAUUGCUCAUGAAAUGAUCCAUGGUCUCAAAACAAAUCCAAACUGUAGAGAGGAUUAUAUUGCUAUAAAGACAGACAUGUCUAAAGCUUAUGACAGAGUGGAGUGGAUAUUUCUGGAGACUCUGUUUAUGAAGAUGGGGUUUGCCAGACUUUGGAUAGACUGGGUGAUGAGUUGUAUCCGCUCAGUGUCAUACACGGUGUUGAUGAAUGGAGAAGAAUUUGGUCAUAUAACGCCGGAGAGGGGUAUUAGACAAGGUGAUCCUCUCUCCCCCUUUCUGUUCAUCCUUUGCGCCGAAGCUUUGGUACAUGUGAUGAAUCGAGCAGAGCAGCAAGGGCUUAUAACGGGUAUGAAAUUGACAAGGAAUUGCCCGUCGGUUCAGCAUCUUUUGUUUGCCGACGAUAGCCUGUUCCUGUGCAGAGCUAGGCUGAGUGAGUGCACUGAGUUUCUACGGUGCUUGAAGUUGUAUGAAGAUUCAUCUGGUCAGGUCAUUAAUUUUCAAAAAUCAGCUGUUACCUUUGGUGCUGCAGUAGACCCAGUUAUGAAGAGGCUGAUAGCUGAGCUACUUCACAUUGAUAAUGAGGGCGGUGAUGGGAAGUACUUAGGCCUUCCGGAGUGCUUCAGUGGCUCAAAGCAUAAGCUACUUGCGUUUAUUGGUGAGAAACUAAACAAGAGAUUACGAGGAUGGUUUGCCAAAAAGCUUUCCCAUGGCGGAAAGGAGGUCCUCCUCAAAUCUAUUGCUAUGGCUCUUCCGGUUUAUGCGAUGUCAUGCUUCAGGUUAACUAAACACCAUUGUCAAAAAAUUAUGAGUGCUAUGGCUAGCUUUUGGUGGGAUGAAGAUGGAGAGAAGAGAAAGAUUCAUUGGAUUGCGUGGAAGAAAAUCUGUGUGCCAAAAGACAAAGGAGGACUGGGGUUUCGGGACAUAGAGGACUUCAAUCAGGCGCUGCUUGCUAAGCAAGCAUGGAAAUUGUAUAAUGAACCGAACAGCUUAUUGGCGCGAGUCUAUAAGGGCCGGUACUAUGCAUCCUCGACCAUUCUUGAGUGCGGUAAAGGAUAUAGACCUUCUUAUGCCUGGAGAAGUAUAAUUUUUGGCAGGGAAUUACUGAGGAAGGGAUUGAUCAGAUCCAUAGGUGAUGGAAGAGAUACACAUGUGUGGACUGAUAAGUGGAUUUUGGAUGAAGUUCCUCGAAGACCGGUGAACAAACAACCAUGUUUUGAUGUCAACCUGAGAGUUUCUGAGCUCAUAGGUGAAGAUGGGAAAUGGAAAAUGGAAUUACUGCAGCAGCUCUUCCCACCAAAUGAGGUGGAUCGAAUCAAACAGAUUGGCGUUGGCAGAGUGAAAGACAGAGAGAUAUGGGCUUUCAACAAGUCAGGUGACUACACAGUUAAAAGUGGGUGCUGGCUCCUUACAAGCGUAACGUCAAACCGUGGAGACGAUCACAGGGUAGAAGAUCAGGCGGUAAUUGAAAUAAAGAAGCUUAUUUGGAAGCUACCGACGAUACCAAAGAUUCGUAUGUUUUGGUGGCGGGCGGUGUCUGGGGCUCUAGCUGUUGCAGAACGCCUUACAGCUCAUGGUAUGCAUGUGGAACAAACAUGUAAGUUGUGUAAUCAAGAUGUGGAGACAAUACAACACGUUCUCUUCCACUGCAGUAAGGCACAAGAACUUUGGAGAGAGUUCCGUUUACCUCUGGAUUAUGUCUUUCAAGACGUUUCUUUGAUUGAACUCUUUGGUAGCUGCUUGAAGUUCAUGGAAGCGAGUACUUUUAAUCAGGAACGGCGACAAGCAAUCCCCUGGAUCCUCUGGACGAUAUGGAAGAACAGAAACAGCUUGUUAUAUGCGGUAACACAAGAAUCGCCAUCCCUGUUGGUUCAGAGAACGCUAGAGGAAGCAGUUUUAUGGAAUAAACUGAACAAGGCGGAGAGUAAUGGAGGGCAGGUGCAGGCUGAUAUGGGCAUGCCAAAGUACUGGUUUCCGCCAACACAAGGUAUGAUAAAAUGCAACCUUCAUGCUAGCUGGAUAAGUGAUAAACAAUUCAUAGGAGUAGCUUGGAUCACACGAAAUCAUCGAGGAGAUGUGUGUAUGCAUGCAAGAGACGCACUCGUACCUACCUCGGACAAACUGGCGGCUGAAAUGGAGUGUCUAUUGUGGGUACUUCGAAGCCUAAGGGAUCUGCGAAUAGAAGAGGCCAGUAUUGGAACUGAAUCUCAAAAGCUGAUAGAUGCAAUAAAAACUCCUGCUCGUUGGCCAAGAUAUAGGUGCUUACUUCGACAGAUAGAGACAGUUUGCUUGGAGUUUACUGUUAUCGAGUUUGAAGUAGAGUCACGGGAGUCUAAUAAGGUGGCAAGAAAGAUAUCUACAAGUGUUCUCCGUGAUGGACGACUACGUUCGUACCUUGCCUUGGGAGGACCGGCAUGGCUUCAUGAUCUCAUCCAGACUGAGGUUAUUGGUGAACUUUGA